CUCUUCAAUUCCUCUGUUUUAUUUAAUGUCAAUCUUAGAAAACAUGUCUGCAAUCAUGGGUAUUGACAAUAUUGAAGACAUCUCUUCAAUAUCUUCCUUAACUUCCAUUAGAAUUCCAGAUUGUCCGGAGAAGGAGGAGGAGGAUGGGGUUGGGCCGGUUGGCGGAACAACUACUCCGACGAAGAAACGAGAUCUAAGGGCUAUUAUCCUUCAAUGUCCGCCUGCGCCAAGGAAAUCCAAGCCAUCUCCGGCCUUGUUCUUGGGAAAAAGACAUCGUGAUCAUCUAAUUAAGGGAACACUUUUGCUCGAUAUGUCACACGAGGUACAAGCAUUGUUUCCAGUUGGAUUUAUGUCUGAUCUUCGUCGUAAGAUCAAGAAGGCUCGAACUUAUAAUUGAAUCAAUGGUUGUGUGUAUCUUACUCGAAGCAAUGGAUACAACAUAUUUUAAUAGGAUUUUGUUUUUUUGGCUUGAUUUUUCAUUUGGAAUUUUUAUGAUACAAGAUUUAUAUUAGAGCAUUGAAGAGCCAAUUAAUCAGACAAGAAUAUGUGUUGAUCAAUGAUUGAAGAAAUUUAGAAUAAGGUAAAUAAAUCUUGAUAUGAAACAUUAGAUUUGAUGCUUCAAGUUUCUUCACUUGGGUGGAUUUCUAGAACUCCACAAAGAUAAGAUUUUUUGUGUUGACGGAGUAACAUUA